UAAAUAGGAUCUCCCACUGCUUUACUUAUCAAUUCACACACAGUUGCCAAGCCAUCUCAGCUAGCAUCUAGUGAAAAUUUCUAAGAUUUUUCUUUUCUCCUUGAUAUCUCUCUCUAAACUUCUAUUUUCAAAAAUGGCUCUCUCUGUUUCAAUACUAAAGCUGCUCUUUGUUAUCUCUUUCUUCUUCCAGAUCUCUUUUGCUACUAGGAAGCUCAAUGAGCUUGUACAAUACCAACCCCAGCUCUUAAAUUACCAUGAUAGUCCACUUCUCUCCCAAAUCUCUUCUGCUACUAGGAAUCUCAAAGAGCUUGUACAAGACCAAACCCAGCUCUUGAAAUACCAUAACGGCCCACUUCUCUCUGGCAAAAUCUCAAUCAAUCUCAUUUGGUACGGCAAAUUCAAGCCGUCCCAGAGAGCCAUUGUCUCUGAUUUCAUUACCUCUCUCACUUCAUCUUCUUCAUCAAACAGUAACCAGCCUUCGGUUGCAACCUGGUGGAAAACCACUGAGAAGUACUACCAUAUAAGUUCUAAAAAAUCCUCUUCUCUCACUUUGUCUUUGGGCAAGCAAAUACUCGAAGAGAGCUACUCUUUGGGGAAAUCUAUCACCAACGAGCACAUUGUAAAGUUGGCUUCGAAGGGUGAUCAGGGAAACGCAAUCAAUGUGGUUCUGACAUCCUCCGAUGUAGCCGUGGAAGGCUUUUGCCUUAGCCGAUGUGGAACUCAUGGUUCUGCUUUGGGUUCAAAAACAGGUCACAUCAAGGGCAAGAACUACAAGUUCGCUUACAUUUGGGUUGGGAACUCAGAGACACAGUGUCCGGGACAAUGCGCUUGGCCAUUCCAUCAGCCAAUCUAUGGACCCCAGACUAAGCCAUUGAUUGCACCAAACAACGAUGUGGGUCUGGACGGUAUGAUCAUCAACUUGGCUAGCCUUUUGGCCGGUACAGCUACAAACCCAUUUGGAAAUGGCUUCUUCCAAGGUCCUGCUGAGGCUCCAUUGGAGGCUGCAUCGGCUUGUCCUGGAGUUUACGGCAAAGGGGCUUAUCCUGGUUAUGCUGGGAGCCUUUUGGUGGAUCGUACUACUGGUGCUAGUUACAAUGCAAAUGGUGGUAAUGGAAGGAAAUACUUGCUUCCGGCUUUGUAUGACCCUUCUACAUCAACUUGUUCAACUUUGGUUUGAGGAUUUAAUGGAGAUUUGGGAAUGUAAUCGGGGUAGUAGUAUUUUACCAAGUAUUAGUAGAUUAAUGUAUUGUAUACCUAUGUAGAAAACAGAUAAAUUCAUUUAUUUUGUUUAUUGGAUUUGCUUAUGCGGAUUAAUAAUAAUAGAAAAAGCAAAUUGGUUUGGUUUGCUUUUUUUUU